AUGUCCAACCAGAACGAGUCUGCUGCGUGGCCCAUCGCCGAUGCUGCCCUGUCCCAGGAAAUCCUGGACCUGAUCCAGUCGGCCAGCCACUACCGCCAGCUCAAGAAGGGUGCCAACGAGGCCACCAAGGCUCUGAACCGUGGAACGGCUGAGGUCGUCGUGCUCGCUGCCGACACCGCGCCUCUGGCCAUCCUCCUGCACAUUCCCCUCCUGGCCGAAGACAAGAACACCCCCUACGUCUACGUUCCCUCGAAGGUCGCCCUCGGCCGAGCCUGCGGUGUCUCGCGCGCUGUGAUCGCUGCUGCCAUUACCAGCAACGAGGCCUCUGACCUGAUGGGUCAGAUCCGGGCCCUGAAGGACAAGGUGGAGAGACUGGCUAUCUAAAGACUCUUGGCCAGGGCCGCACGCCAGAGAUGGCUUGCUCGAACAUGCAUUGUGGUUUUUGUGUAGCCUGACAACUGGGAUCGACCCUUGGUCGCCGAAACGUUGAUAGCGAAUCAAAAAUAAUCCAAGCAGCCCAAGUCCAAAG